GAUUCGUAUUUACUAUAGUAAACAUGGCGUGUUACGCUAAGUUAUCAUGUGUGUUAAAUUUGUUUAUGUUUUAUUUCUAUUACGCAGACGCAAAGGUGUUUAGUAAAUCCUUGGAAGAUUUCAGAAAUUUCCAAAAGCCCGCUGUUCGAACCGAAACAGACGAGAUAAUUGAUAGAUUAAAGCGAAGCGCACUCAAUAAAACUGAAUUAGGUAAAGAAGACCACGUUUUUUCUCAUUCACAAAAUUUAACCUUGUUAACUACGGAGUUUUCCUUAAAUGGUGAAAAUGACAACGAAGUGUUUGUACACUGGAGUGGUACAGAAAAUAAUACAGUAUUUGUACUGACCAGACGUUUCAAAAAUGGUGCGAUACAGAAAAGCACAUUAUGGAGGUCCACAGACUAUGGGGAGACAUUCGAAAAAAGCACUCUACCCACAGACUUCCAAACCAGUCACAUGCUGUCAUCCCCCGCCAAUAGAACCCAGACCAUACUCACAGAUCUGGCCAAUGGCCGGCUGGCUGUCACCAAGGACAGUGGGGCAUCAUGGGUAGUGGUCAAGUUGCAGUUUGCACCACACAGGUUGUUGCUGCAUCCUGUAUUUAAGGACCUCGUCUUAGGAUAUGAUCUACGGAGGUUGAAGCUUUACGUGUCAGAGGAUUUUGGGUCCACAUGGUGCCUGCUUCGUGAGCGGGUCACUGAGCGGUUUUUCUGGGCGGUUCAGGGCGUGGACAAGGAACCCAGGACAGUCCACAUGGAGCUACAGGACCCCGUCGGACCCGUCACGUACUUCGCAUGUAUAGCACCAGCUUGUGACCCUGUACCGACAGACAAGUCCCUGGGCAACAUUGACUUCUACUCGUUGAUCGUGGAGCGAGAGUACAUCUUUGUCCAGAAGUCCACAGACGAUAUAACCUUUCUCUAUGUGUCCUACAACAGGGGGCCUUUUCAGAAGGCUUUCUUUCCCACCAACCUGCAGGCAUUGGACUUCAACGUAGUGGACACCACAGACCAGCAGGUGUUCAUAGCCAUUGAUUUUGAGGGUAACAUCGCCAAUCUGUACCUGUCUGACAUCACGGGCCAGUACUAUGUGACUUCGGUUGAGAAUGUUGUAGGCUUGCGAUAUCCUGGCAAGUUUGAUGUGGACUUGGUGAAAGUGAAGGGACUGAAGGGUAUAUACCUUGUGAACAAGUUUGAGACCCCAGUUGCCAAUGAUAUGGCUGUGAUGUCACAGAGGACAUACAUCACCUACAAUAAGGGAGGCCACUGGAGACUGCUCGAUGUGCCCCCAGAGGCGAAGCAUCUUUGUCAUGAACCAGAUAACUGCCACCUGCACCUGCAUAUAGGCCUAACCAACGCUUUUCUUGCCAUCCCUCUGGUGGAGACGAUUGCCGAGGCUCCAGGUUUGAUCCUUGCACACGGCACCACUGGUACGUUCCUGGACCUCACUACAUCUCAUGUGUUCAUCAGCCGAGAUGCAGGUCUUACUUGGAUACCUGCUCCAUUUGUUGGCAACUAUUUCCUUACCAUACUGGACCAAGGUGGGGCCAUAUCAGCCAUACUGGCAGACAGGGUUCCAACCAAUACAGUACACUACUCGUGCACAGAAGGGGCCACUUGGUCAACUCACAAUUUCACUGAGGAGGACAUUAUCAUAGAGGGAGUCGUGAAUGAACCAGGCUCCACUACCCUGAUUUCCAGUGUGUUCGGUCAUGCGGAUCCAAAUGCGGGUUGGAGCCUGUUUAAACUGGACUACUCCUCCGUGCUGACCUGGCAGUGUGGGGACGAGGACUUUGAGAUGUGGUCACCUGCCCCUGUUGCCCAGAAUGACGCCAGUACUGGCUGCAUAAUGGGGGAGCACCUGGUGUAUGAGAGAAGGAAGAUGAUGGCAGAGUGUUACUAUGGAGCUGAUUACUACAGACCAAAGUCCCAGCAGAACUGUACCUGUGGUCCAGAAGAUUUUGAGUGUGAUUUUGGCUACAAACUGGCACCAGACGGCACUUCCUGUGUACCUUCAGACUGGUUCAAUCCAGAUUUCCUUCCUGCACCAGUCUGCACCGAUGGGAGAUACAACAAGUCUUCUGGCUACCGUAGAGUGACCUCCAGUAGCUGUGAAAGAGGAGAUGUGACCCUUUACCUCCCUGUGUUGACCCCUUGCCCCCUACUGCCCCCAAGGGGCCUGAAGAUCAGCAGUCCCCGCACCUGUGUACAGCUGGGUACCAACGUGACCUUCCACCUUACACAGGAGUCAGGAUCUGAGAAGGAGACAGUUUACACCUGGAACUUUGGUGACGGUACUGACCCAGUUACCUAUACUGGACUGCAGAGGGCUGCCAUGGUUACCAGAUCCUUCAACGCCAAAGGUCGAUUUAACAUCACUGUUACUGCUGUCAAUUCAAAAGGCAGUGCUGAGGCAGUCUUCACAAUCAAUGCAGAAAUUGAGAUCUACAGUGUGCUGGUGGAGAUACCCUGGGGAGUCCGCACUGGCAUCCCAAGCUACUUCAACGUCACCGUACUGGGGACGGAUAACGACACGUCGUUUGCACAAGAAAAUACUCUGCACUUUGUCUGGGAAUUUAAAAACAAGCUGACAGGGUCAAUACGACAGCUGACAUGGCAAAAUGUGAUCCAGCAGGAGUUUAAGCAGCCGGGAGAGUACAUUCUUACCUUGAAUGUGUACAACUCUGUCAGCUCUGUCUUCUACACACAGUCUGUUGUGGUCUAUGAGGAGAUAACCACUGUAAGGAUCCACUUCUCAGAUGAAAUCCACUACUACGAUAGUGAGAGUUUGAACAUCAGACAGGCUCUAGCAGAAAUACUUUGCCACAAUCUUGCACAGAUCCUAGGUAUCCGGAGAACGCGUAUAAUCAUGUCGGUUCCUCCUAUGCAUCCAGCUGUAGGGGAUCUUACAGUGUUGCCACCAUAUCCAAAAGAGGAUACAACAUACAUGGUGGUGAAGAAUUUGAUAGACCAGGCUCAGCAUAAAUAUCUCUCCUUCCCACUGUUCACCAGAGAUGAUGUUGUUACAAUCAUGGAUGCACGUAUACUAGACUUGCGGACUGGUUCAGAAUCCCCUACUGCCCCACCCAUCACAGCACCACCCAUCACUAUCACAGUACCAGUCAAUGUUACUAUGGUUACCAUGCAGCAGGAGAGGCACAGUCUACUGGCUGUGUACAUUUCUAUACCAGUCUGCUGUAUAAUGGUGGCAAUAGCAGUAUCUGUGAAAAUUUAUUAUAAAAAGAAGUUAAAAUCUCAAAGGAAGUACUACCCAAUAGUGCGUCACCGUGCGAGGGUGCACCAUGACUCAACCUGCUCCUGCGGUGAGGAGGAUAUACUGGGUAUGGAGGAACCAGAGGACACCAUUAUACCAGACAGUGGAUAUCCAGGUAAUGAGCCAACAUUGAUGAUACUAAAUGAGCCAGUGACAUCACAGACCCCAACAAAUAACAGACUGUCCGCGUUACGAUGCUGACAGCAAUACUGUGCUAGAAGCCCUUUGAAUACUUAGCUUACAGAAUGCAGCUGUAUUUAUUUUUUUCAAAGAAUGUGCUAGUCUUGUUUAUAAUAUUUGCAUCAUUAACAUUUUCUGCCUUUAGAAAGUUAAAUUAAAGAUAUUUCUAUUUUCUAAGCAGAAUAAAGUUUUAAAGGCUUAAUUUCCAACCAUAAAAACUUAUGAGCAGCAAACAGCAUAUGGUCUGAACAGCCUGCAAGUUGUGCAGAUUUUAUGUGGUAUGCAUAUAGCCAUAUUAUUUUGCUUGUGAGCAUGAAAGGGUAAAAUGAAAGGAAACAGCUUUCUGCCCCUUUAAGGUUCAUUCCCUACUGCUGCCCGUCGAAUCUGAUAAAUAAACAAGAAAAAAAACAAGAAAAAAGGACUGUUAUACUCAUUUGACUUCUCGAUUUGUAUGGAAAAGUAAGAACUUUUGGGUAUUCAUGCAUUCAUUCAUGUGGAGGGUGCCUUUUCCCUUUUAGCGACAUACUGUACAAUUUGUAUUCCGUUAUGGUUCCUUUUGAUUUAAAUAAUGUGUACUGAAAGACAUUUCUUGUUAUUAUUUGUUUAGAGAUAAUUUUACUGCCAAAUGGAAGAAAUGUAAAUGUAAACAAACAUGUAUGUUCAUUUUUUUUAAACUUAAUUCCAAUAACACAUGAUUAUUGUGCAAUUAUUAUAACACUUAAUAUAUUUAUAAUAGAAUGCAAUUUGCAAUGUAAUUAACCUUUCUUUACGAUUUCACAAUUCCAGGCUCUCUGUAGGCUAACAGGCAAUCAAUUUUAAAAUUUAUUGUUUAUUUUCGGUUGGGGCAUUGGUAUGUAACCUUUACAAAUGAACACCAUUAGAUAUUAUGGUUGUGAAAAAUAGAAAUGGGAAAUGUCAUUUGGUGCUAUGUUUGUAAUACUGAAUGUGUGUUUACCACCUAAGUUUUAGCUUCAGUACUUGAAUGAACUUUUUGAUGAGGCAUUUUUGUUUUGAUGUUUUGGUUUAAACAAUUGUUAAAGUUUGUCAUGAUAAAGAGACAUUUAUCUCAGAUGUUGGUAACGUUAAAACAUUUCAUGAGUUUUUUAGUUUGAAAUACAAUAUUUCAAACAAGGCGGAGUUUCAGUUGAUGCCAUUUGGAAUUUAUAAUCAGGCAUAAGUACAAUUUAGGCUUUAAAUGGAAAUAACCAAUGAGAAAACUGCACAAAAGUUAUGAAGUUUUAAAUUGUUCAUAUGUUUAAUAUUUUUUUCUGUAAUUAAAUUACUGUUUUGUUAGCUCACCUGAGCACACAAUGUGCUCAUGGUGAGCUUUUGUGGUCGCCUUUUGUCAGUUGUGUGUUGUCCUUGGUGAUCAUUUACCUUGUUAACAUUCUAGAAACUUGGUCAGAACACAUGUCCCAAUGAUAUCUUUGACGAGAUUUAAAAUGGUUCUGGUUGGUUGAAAAACAUGUACCUUGUUAUCUUUCUAGAAGUCAGAUUUUUUGUCCAAACUUUAUGAAACAUGGUUAGAACAUAAGUUCUAAUGAUGUCUGUGCUGAGUUCAAAAAUAGUUCUGGUUUGUUGAAAAACAUGGCUGCCUGGGGUAAAAGGGACUUUUCCUUAUAUGGCUAUGGUAAAACCUUGUUAAUACUCUAAAAGUCUUAUUUAUUGUCCAAUGUUUAUAAAACUUUGUAAGAUCAUUUGUUUUAAUGAUAGCUCGGCUUACUUUGAAAUGGGUUAUGGUUUGUUGAAAAAACAUGAACCCCAGGGCGCGGGAUAUUUUUCCUUUUAUGGCUAAACCUUUUUAACACUCUAGAAGUCACAUUUUUAGUAAAAUCUUAAUGAAACUUUGUCAGAAUACUUGUCAUAAUGACUCAUCUGUUGAGUUUGAAAAGUCUCCUGGUUUAUUGAAAAGCAUGGCCGCCUGGGGGUGGGUCAGUUUUCCUUAUAUUGCUUUAAUGAGAACUUGUUGACGCUAUAUUAGCCACAUUUAUUGGCCAAUCUUCAUGAAACUUUUGUCAAAACAUUAGUUCCAAUGAAAUCUUGGCCGAGAUUGAACUUCAGUCAUAUGAGCUGAAAACUAGGUCACUUUGGUCAAUUAAAAAAACAAACAUGUUUAUACUUAAAAAUAACUUUUUUGGUCCAAUCUUCAUGAAUCAGCUCGCACUUUUUCAAAUUAGUCUAGUUCCUAUGGGUCUAAGGUGAGCGCCUUAGGGACCAUGGCCAUCUUGUUUUAUUUUGUUAAAGGUAAAUACGUUUAAUAAAAGAAGGAAAUUUUCUGGAGAUUGUUUUUAAAACUUAGUUGAAAUAUGCUUUUUAUCAGUACAAAAGAUAAUAGUGACUUUUAAGUUGCAUUUUAUGUUGGUGUAUUUUUUUAAUAGUUCCGGCUUUGAAUAUUUGUACUGAUGUUAUAACAGCACAUGAAUGUUGUUUGUUGUUGUUAAAAUCUGCUUAACCAUACCGAUUUCGUCUUUUGGUCCGUUUGGGAGAGUUGAAAGCUUGGUGAAAGUUUGAUAUUGGGAACUGUGAUACGAGUCUCUUCCUUCACUGGGGAAUGGUAGUGUUUGUGCUUGGUCCAUAUGUGUGCUAUCUGUACUCAUUCACCCUUUUAUUUAUAAAUGUUCACAGUAAAUCAUAAUCAUUCCCUUAUAGACUGGGAUUAUCAUAUUAAUGUUCAGAACCCUGAUAACUUCUAUAUUUUUAGUCACACAAUUCAAAGACAAUUCAAACAUUGUUAAGGCUUGCAAAAGGUUGUUUUCACUUCUAUCAAUAUUAUGAAUUUUGCAAAUAUGUUAUUUUUGGGCAUUAUGUUUGAAAUAAAAAACUUUUGAUUAGAAACAACAAUAAAUUAAUUGUUUAAAGAUGAAAGCAAAUUACAGUUUAUACCAGUAUAUUCGGUUUUUAAUUGUUGUUAACCCACUGUGCAUAUUUAUUGUAAGAGCAUCAGCAUGUAUUUGUUUGCAUGUUCUUAUAAAAAUUAAAAUAUGUAAAGGAAUGUAACAUAAUAUCAAAUAUGGUGCCUUACUUGUUAAUAAUGAAUAUUGAUGGAUACAGUGUCUACAUUGACUUUGUACAUGUAUGUAUCAUUUUAUGCUUAUAUGACUAUUCCACAGCUCAUAGUUGUGGGUAUUUGUAUUAACCCUUUGCAUGCUGGGAAAUUUGUCGUCUGCUAAAAUGUCUUCAGCUGAAUUUCUAAAAUUAGCAUUUUCUUCGAUUUUUUUCCAAAGAAUACUAUCAGAAUAGCAAACAGUUUGGAUCCAGAUGAGACGCCACGUUCUGUGGCGUCUCAUCUGGAUCCAAACUGUUUGCACAGGCCUUCAAAAUUUGCUUCCAGCACUGAAAGGGUUAAAAAAUGUGACCUUAAAUACAAAUGGGAAAUGUAUAGUAUCAAUCAUGAUUUAUUGUGAUGGUUUGCAGUUUGUUUGAAUAAAUGGUUUGUUAUUUAUAAUAUACCAAUCAUAAUGGCUUGGGCAUUAUUAUACAUGAGCAAAUGUUAUAAUUCAUCUCAAUUAUUUGUAUUGUGUUCAUUUUUUCUUAUAUCUCACUAUAUUUAUAUCAACGACAGCAAUGCAAAACAGAUUUGUUUCGAGAGAUUAAAAGAUGUGCACACUCAGCAUUUAAUGCCGUGAUUUUGUUGCUGGUUGUAUACAGGGUACAUGGGUGUUUGAACAGUUUGUUGUUAACUCUUUGCAUGCUGGGAAAAUUGUCGUCUGCUAAAAUGUUGUCUGCUGAAUUUUUAAAAUUAGCAUUUUAUUCGAUUUUUUUCAAAGAAUACUAUCAGAAUAGCAAACAGUUUGGAUCCUGAUGAGACGCCACGUUUUGUGGCAUCUCAUCUGGAUCCAAACUGUUUGCAAAGGCCUUCAAAAUUCGGUUGCAGCACUGAAAGAGUUAAAAAGGACUGUUGCUAAUUGUGUGAGAGGAUAUGUAUGUUCUCACAAGUAUUUUUAUUGUUACAAACAAAUAUUUGGAUUGUAUAUUUAAGGUUUUGCUAUCAAUCAUUUAUAAAUUUGAUCAUUUUAUUUUGUUACAAUUAUGUGUACACUAUGUUAAAAUUGAUAAAUUGAUAUAUUUUUUCAGAAUACUACAUGAUGUAUGAACAUUUUGAGUUGUAAAAAUUUUAAUUAUGUAGUGCUUUCUUCUUCAAAAGGUUGUGCUUUUGUAAAACAUUGCAUAUAAUCAUGUCAAACAUUUUGUGUGUGCUACAUUUUAUUGGCUUUUCAUUGUUAAGUUAUGGAAUUAAUAAAUAUAAUGAAUCUCA